AAAAUUAUUUUCUUACUAAAACUAUACGUGUGACUACUGCUGUAUAUGUGUGUAUUGUGUAUACAUAUAUAAAAAAGUAAAAACGACGCUUUCACUUUACAGACUGACCUAAUAAUCAAAUACCUCCUUCCAUGUAAUUUUGAUAACAUUAUAAAACGUUAAACGGUAAUGUGAGGAUGUUCAGUGGCAUCUUGUAUUUCACUCACAUACUUCGUUCUUUAAGUAUUGAAUAGAAACUAUAAUUCUUCUAUACACCACAUAAAACAGAAAUAUAAUAAAUAAUAUAAAAACAUGUUCUUUUUAUCAGUUUCAAUGUGCGCGUUUCUUUGUAGUUGUUUAUAUUAUUAUAAACCUCGAACAGAUAAACAUUAUUUAAUAAUUAUUUAUUAUACCGUAAUAUACUCGUUGGUAGCUUUGAAAGAGAUGUUCUAUGACAGAAUCAAUGCCAAGAAUAAUAAAACAGCCUUGUUACCAAUGCCUGGAAAAAUUGCCAUUAUAACAGGUGGCUCUAGAGGAAUUGGGUCAGAAGUUGUAAGAAUGUUAUUACAAUGUGAUAUAGAAGUAAUAAUCGCUUGUCGAACACCUUCUGUUGGAGAGAAAUUAAUUUCUAAAAUAAGAGAAUCUGGUGUUACUACUGGAAAAGCAAAAGUUUACAAAAUUGACAAUAAUUCUUUAGAAUCUGUAAAAGAAUUUGCUGACAAAAUAAAACAUGAUUAUAAUGAAUUACACAUUUUAAUAAAUAAUGCUGGUAUUAUGUUUACUCCUCAAAAGGAAACAAAGGAUGGUUUUGAUCAACAAUGGAGUACAAAUUAUUUGUCACACUUUUAUUUAACAGUACUGUUAUUACCUCUCUUGAAAGCUGGCAGUCGUCCAAAAGAAAAUAGUAGAAUUGUCAAUGUUUCAUCUUGUGCUCAUCGUAUUGGAUGGAUGAAUUUCGAUGACAUUAAUUUUAAGCAAAACUUUAACACAUAUUUGGUGUAUGCGCAAAGUAAGUUGGCUCAAUUAAUAUCCACUAAACAUUUACAAGAUCUUUUUGAAAAGAAACAAUUAGGAAUUCAAGUAUAUGCAGUACAUCCAGGAAUUGUUAAUACAAAUUUAUUUGAUUAUUCCUAUUUAAAAAGAUUAAAAUUUUUAAAUAAAUAUACGAUGAAGACUCCUGAACAAGGAGCUACAUCAAUAGUUUAUGCAGCUACUAAUGAUAAAAUUAAAGAACAUGGUGGAAUUUAUAUAAAUAAUUGUAUAGAAGAUAAGAAUGUAAAUCCUUUGGUUUACGACAAAUUUACUCAAGAAGAAUUAUUACGUAUAUCUCUUGAACAAGUACAAUUGAAAGAUCUUUUUCAAUUCAUCGAUAAUUAAUAAUAAUUACAAUAUAUUUUUAUAUGAUUACUAGGGGUGCCCCGGCCACACGUUGCUGUGGCUA